AUGGUACGUAUCCCCGCGGAAACUCGCUUCAUCAGCCCCAAUACUAACAUCCAGGCGUCCACUAUUGCUACCACGUCGACCCAGUCAAGAGACCAGAACGGGCUCUCGCUAAUUGCAUCGCAUUCUCACAUCACCGGUUUGGGCUUAGAUGACAACUUGGUGCCAAAGGAAUCUGCUCAGGGCAUGGUUGGCCAACUUAAGGCUAGAAGAGCCGCAGGCCUCAUCUUGAAGUUAGUCCAGGCUGGCCAAAUUGCUGGAAGAGCUGUUUUGAUUGCAGGACCUCCAUCAACAGGAAAGACAGCCAUUGCCAUGGGUUUGUCUCAGAGCUUGGGCCAGGACGUGCCGUUCACGGCUAUUGCCGGAUCUGAGAUCUUCUCGUUGGACUUGUCCAAGACCGAGUCGUUGACCCAGGCAUUCAGAAAGUCCAUCGGUAUCAAAAUCAAGGAGGAGACUGAGAUCAUCGAAGGUGAGGUGGUGGAGAUUCAGAUCGACCGUUCCAUCACCGGUGGCCACAAGCAGGGUAAGCUUACUAUCAAGACCACCGAUAUGGAGACUAUCUAUGAGUUGGGAAACAAGAUGAUUGACGGUUUGACCAAGGAGAAGGUUUUGGCUGGAGAUGUCAUCUCCAUUGACAAAGCCUCCGGUAAAAUCACUAAGUUGGGUAAGUCUUUCACCAGAGCUAGAGACUACGAUGCCAUGGGUCCAGAAACAAAGUUUGUUCAGUGUCCUGAGGGCGAGUUGCAGAAGAGAAAGGAGGUUGUCCACACGGUGUCUUUGCACGAGAUCGAUGUGAUCAAUUCCAGACAACAAGGCUUCCUCGCGUUAUUCUCAGGUGACACCGGUGAGAUCAGAUCCGAGGUUCGUGACCAGAUCAACACCAAGGUUGCCGAAUGGAAAGAAGAAGGUAAGGCCGAGAUUGUUCCUGGAGUGUUGUUCAUUGACGAGGUGCACAUGUUGGACAUUGAGUGUUUCUCGUUCAUAAAUCGUGCUUUGGAGGACGACUUUGCCCCCAUUGUGGUGAUGGCCACCAAUCGUGGUGUUUCACAAACCAGAGGAACUAGCUACAAGUCUCCACAUGGAGUUCCCUUGGAUUUGUUGGACAGAUCUAUUAUUAUCCACACGUCCAACUACACAGCGGACGAGAUGCGUACCAUCUUGUCGAUUCGUGCCAACGAGGAAGAGGUGGAGUUGACUUCCGAUGCAUUGGAGUUGUUGACCAAGAUUGGCCAGGAGACCAGCUUGAGAUAUGCGUCCAACUUGAUUUCCGUGUCCCAGCAGAUUGCCCUGAAGAGAAUGAGUCAGAGCGUCGACUUGGUGGAUCUCAAGAGAGCAUACACGUUGUUCUUGGACUCGGAGCGGUCUGUGAAAUUUGUCAGUGAGUUUUCUCAUAAGUUCAUUGACGAUGAGGGCCGUGUCAACUUGGGAUCCAAUGGCAAGGUCGAGGACGACAAAAUGCAGACGGACUAG